UAGCUUACAGGAAGACUAGACCGAGAGCGAGAGAAGGAAAUUGAUCGGAGCGAUCAAAUCAGAAUAAAUGGAGGGUUCCGACGCCGCCGGCACCGUCACCGGCACCGGCGCCGUAGAUUGUGUAAUCGUGAAUGUAAAGUUCAGCGGACGUUCAAUACCAGUGUCUAUCUCUCUUGAUUCCUCGAUCAGAGACCUCAAGUCUCAUCUUCAACCUCUCACCAAUGUUCUUCCUCGAGGCCAGAAGCUCAUCUUUAAAGGCAAACUUCUUGUGGAUGAUAUGACACUUAGGGCUUCUGAGGUGACUAAUGGGGCUAAAAUCAUGCUUAUGAGUACUCAAGGUCUACAUCAAGGGGAUGGUCCCAUUAGAAGAGAAGCUUCAGCAUCCUCUGGUUUGAGGAGGACACCUGAAUUGCAGAAAAAAGAGAUUUCUGUCCAAAAGAAUCAAUUUGAACGUUGGAAAGCUACUGGAGUCUUUGCAUUAUCAGAGUGUAAUUUGAAAGCCAUUCCAGCUGAAAUUUGGACCGAUGGAACUAAUGCGAGAGUACUAGACCUAAGCCGCAACUUUCUACAAGAUGUGCCAGUUGCAAUUAGCGGACUUAGUUCCCUGCAGAAAUUGUUUUUGAAUGGUAAUAACUUAGCUGAUAACUCUAUUAGCUGGGAAGGGCUAGCAUCUUUGAAGUCUCUAAUCGAUUUGAACUUAAGCCUGAACCAUUUGACAUGUUUGCCUCCUACACUUGGUGUUUUGACUUCCCUGAAGCAACUUAAUGUUGCAAAUAACAACCUAACUUCGCUUCCAAGCGAAAUUGGGCUGCUAGCGAAGCUUGAAAUAUUGAUGGUAAAUAACAACAGGCUAUCUACCAUUCCAACAUGUAUUGGAAACUGCAUCUCACUUGUUGAGGUUGAUAUUUCAUCAAAUCUUUUGACAGAAUUGCCAGAUACUUUUGGGAAUUUACAUAAUUUGAAGGCUCUUAGUAUUGGUAACAAUGGGCUUAAGUCUCUCCCUAGAACACUGUUUAAAAUGUGCAUACAACUCUCAACUUUGGACAUUCAUGGCACAGAAAUCACACUUGACCUUCUAAGACAGUUUGAAGGGUGGGAACAAUUUGAUGAACGUCGGCGGUUGAAGUCAAAACAACUGGACUUUCGAGUUGGGGGAUCAGCUGAAUUUGACGAAGGUGCAGACAAAAGCUAAUGACUAUGAAUUUGACCAGCAAUGUGGUGAUCUUUCAUUUGUUAUUGGUGUGUUUUUUCUUUUCUUUCUUAUACAAGUUAAAAAAAAAAACAAGUUCUUAAGAGAUUCUCCAUUUAAAAGGACUGGCUUUAACUGUGAGGGUCACAUGGAAGGAGUUAAUGGGGUCAAGAAAAUCUGACAUUUGAGAAAAUUUGGUGCUAAAACCUGAAAUGCUUAGCUGUUCAA